AUGGAGAAGAGGCGCUCCGAUGCUCGACCUACACGAUGGGGGCGCGUUUUUGGCUCUUUCUUCCCAAUGCAGUCUCGGGUCGUCCGAGCAGAGGAGGUCGCGGCGCCGCCCUCGAGUCCAGUGGAGACCAAGCCCACCGAACCGGCGGCACCGAGCCCAGAGGAACCAGCGGUGCAGUUCGAGAUGAUCCACCGGGAAUGGCAAAACAUCUCGAUGCAGGACAACUGGGACGGCUUCCGCAUUGAGGCGCAGAAGAAGGUAACCGACUGCCUACAGGCCACCCACUCGCUUUUCCUAGGAACCCGCUUGCGGGAGUGUGGCUACCUGUACCAGUUCGGCCCAGCCUUUCAAACACAGGACGGGCGAACGAUGCUGGUCGCCAGGACAGGGCUGGACGGCUGUGUGAAUGGACGGCUCAUCCAGAAGUUCGGCAGCUGCUGGGAACUGAAGGGAUCCUCCAGCUCUGACCUGAAGGAGGCUCAGCGCAACAUGCAUGAGGGCACCGUCGAGUACUCCGGGCCCGAGCGCGCGUUCUGCGCCAAGGUCGCAUGGCAGGGCGCCUGGCUCGCCGGAGGCUCCUUUGUGCAAAAGAUCAUGCCGCAGCUACAGCUUGGAGGGGACUUGACUCUUGUCGGCGUCAACGGUGUGACUUCCAUUGGCCAGGUAGGAAUGCGCUUCAACGAGGGCAAGCAUGUGUUCAGCGCCAGUUUGAAUCGCACGCCGGAUCCGCGACUACCAGGAUCAGCCAGCAACAUGCACGAGUUGCGAAUGCAGUAUGUGCGAAAGGUCACCGAGAGGCUCAGCCUCGGCACGGAAUACAAGUUUACUUAUCCCGACAAGGAGUCGGGCCUGUCGAUGGCUUACGAGUACCUCUUCAGGAACGCCCGGAUCCAGGGCCUGGUGGACACAGAUGGCAAAGUCAGCUGCAGCGUGUCGGAUAUAAGUGGCUUUGGAUUCAGUGGCAUGAUCGACUACAGCCGCGGGGACUACAAGCAGCUCGCCACGCAACCAGUAGUGGAUCCUAUAGGCAGCACCAAGGUCAAGGUACGUAUAGGCACCUCAGCCAACCUGAAUGUUGGGCUGGCCAUGGUCCGUGCUUCGAACUACCUGUGGACCAUUACCCUGAACUGGCUCUGUCCGACCCGGCGCGUGUUCUGCAGCUAUGCUGGUUCAGGGCGCCUCUCUCGAGGCUUGUCACUUCGCAGCUUGCCACGUCGCCAGCUGGUGGGGCUUGCUGGUGCAGUAGCUGAGGAUCCCGACUGCAGCUGCUGUUUGCAAGAUUUCUGCCGUUGCCCUGCUACUUGCGAGUGCCUACCGGUGCUCCGGGCAGCGGGCUACGACACGCCGUUGGAUGCCCGAGAAGCUUUCGAACGAGGCGGUGAAUUGCUGCUCUCCAGCACUCUGAAAUGGCGAGAAGGCAACUUCCCGGCCUGGCGGCCAGUGGAUGAGACCCACUUGGCUGUGCGCAACUCAACGCUGCCUGAGGCUGGACGAGGCCUCUUUGCUGCCGAAGCCAUGCCAGCUGGUGCGCUUCUGCCACCCUACCAGGGGCUCUCCCUACUCUUUGCAGACCUUGAUCGCGUGGAAUACUCGCGAGAACUUGGCAAUUUCGUGUGGUGUCCUAUGGGCCGACAACUGGAGGGAGAGCCUUGGCUUCCAAGCUUCUGCGUGGAUGGGGAGCGCCUUCUUUGGGGCAAUCCAGCGAGAUUUGUGAAUGCGGCACGACAGACGGACCAAUGUGACGAUGUGAAUCUUGAAAUUUGCGAGCUCGGACGAGUCGCUUAUUUUCGAACGCUACACCCUGUUCCUGCAGGUACCGAGCUAAUCGUUGAUUACGGCUCUUCAUACUGGCCAGAUUUCCCCGGCUGUGAGACAAAAGGUUCUGGACAGCUAGCUGUUUCAAGCCGUCUGAGCACCCGAGAAGCUAAGAACGAGCAGGACAAAGAGACGUGUUUCUUCGCGUCGUUUUGCUUUUUAACGUUACUGCUUACGCUGCUGCCGUCCGAAGCGCAGCUGAAGAACUCAGGAGAACGAAACCGUCGCAAGUUCUUCGGGCCUUGGACUUAG